CCUCGUGUGUCACCCGGAUGUGGGCGGAGACUUGUGCUUUUUUAAAUACAGAACAGAGUUAGCUGCAAGUCUAGGUGCUUGAAUAUAUGCUGACAGGGACAAGCGGUAGCAAAUGUAGGUGCUUGAAUAUAUGCUGACUGGGACAAGCGGGAGAAAAUGGACGGCUGCAUGGUGGUGGCCAGUUAGACACGUGAUGUUGACGUUGAGGACGAGAAGCGUGCGUCCUGCAGCCAGGCUGCUCACACAUGACGUCACACAUGACGUCACCCAUGUCAGCUCGCCUGCGGCCAGCAAACAACACUCGGACGAGGUGAGGACUUUGCUGCGAGUGUUCGCGGACACACACUUCAUCUCGCCCGGGGACACCAACCUGGGACUGUUCGGCCGUGGAAGGAGCUGCAGCUACGGACCGCUGGGCACGGAGCUCCGGAGGAAUGUGCUGCGGGAGUGGUGGUCCUCCGUGACGGGCUCCCGGGCCCAGGUGUUCGCCAUCAACACGCCCAACAGCACGCCUGGACACCUGGCCGUGACGUCACCUGACCACCUGCACAUGUCAGCCCUGCUCCGGAACAACUUACUUCACGGUGCGUUGGAACAAUUUGUCCCCUCCUUUGAGCUGGUGAACAAGAAUCUCCCUUUUGGCCUCGCUGAGACUGGUCGCUGUGUCCACUCCUCAAAAGAAGAUGGCUCUGCUGAAGUCACGUUGGCAUCUCUUGUGUGGUUCUGCUCGCCUCGCACGUCCUCUCCAUGGUUGGAGCACUGGGCGGGUCAGAGGCUUAAAUGGUGGAGAAAGUUCGCCCUGGCUCCGUCCGGCUUCAGCAGCCGUGACGUCCCUCAGGAGGAGCUGGAAGGGCCGGCGUCCCGAGGCGUGAAGAUCUUCUACGAGUUCCCGUGGGGCCAGGAGCCCCUGGAGGUGCUGUGGAGCCGAGGAGACGGCGAGCUGACGUUUGCGCACACGGGCGAGCGGUCCAAGCUGCUGAGUCCAAACGGCCGCAAAUCCAUUCCUCACGUGCUUUCCAUCACGGGGACGGUGGAGCGUGGUUUGUUGGCCUUCCUGUGCAACUCCCUGCACUUGCACAAGAGAGAAGAUGGCAGGCAAAGAAAGAUGCUGAAGUUGCAUCCACUGUUGGCGCCAAUCAAGGUGGCGUUGGGUAUUGGCAGAGGAGCCACCGUGGAGCUGAGGCAGGUGUGUGAAGGCCUGCUGCAGGAGUUGAAGGAAGCAAACAUCUCCGUCUGGCCAGGACAUCUUGAAGCCACAUCCACACCGCUGGAGCAGCUCCACUGCAAGUAUGACCAGAUGGGCGUGCUUUUUAGCGCGGUCAUCAGCGACAAGACGCUGGAGAGCGGCCUCCUGCAGGUGCGCAGCAGGGACACGGCCGUCAAAGAGACCAUGCACAUCUCCCACCUGAAGAACUUCCUGUGCAGAUACAUCUCUGCUGCACACAACAUGUAAAUCACUAUCCACAAAUAUAGUCAACGUUUUAGGAGGAACUUUACCCAAGCUUAACUCAGCAUUUCGCAUAAGAUAGGGGUGUCCAAACUUUUUCCAGGAAAAAAAUCCAAACCGUGCGAGGGCUUUUGAUAUUUUUCAUUUUUAAAGCAAUAGAUUUGUUUACCUUUAGGGAUCCCCUCAGGUUUGUUAGCAGGCACCCACAUUCAGUCAUUAAAAUCUUAAGAAAAAUGUCAAA